AGAGAAGAUUUUCUGAGUGGUGAGUUUAGUUAGAUGAAUAAGAGCGAAGUACAGAGUUUCUAGCGUAGUCAUUAAUCGGUGUCAAUCACGUCCAUGAUGGACAAGAGAUUUCUAGAUGAAGACCUGCUCCACCAGCAGCGGCAUCAAUGGACUACAUUAACUGUAAAGUCGCUAUGGGAUAUUAACGAAGAAAAUGAUUCGUUUCUGUCACGUAGUGCUCGCUUCUCUGGUGCCCUUCGCCUUUUCCGAGCAGGUGGGCCACCAAAGCACAGGCUUAUCGCUGAAGAAAACUUUGCUGAGGGACAAAUUGUUCGGUCGUGGCACGAACGGAAGUCGGCUCCCGUCACAGGCAGCGAUACAACCGACUGAGCAGCAGCCCUCGGAGUGCGAGAAGGACGAGACAUGGUGUGAAAGUCUCAAGUUUUGCCUGCCACCGGAAGCAGACUGCAGCAAAUGUGUCGAUUAUUCUCGUCGUAGCAAAGAAUUGGGCCGUUGCACACCGGCGCCUGUUGUUAUGAAAAUGAAAUGAGAUGACAAGAAAUCUUAGCCCACUUUGGACGCUCAGUUCGCCUGGUGCUUCCGGCUACAAUUCAGUUCGGGAAAGAUGAUGGUAUCCUAGAUCACAGUGGUCAUUUCUAACCCGGAAUUCGCCGUAGAUUUCUGCGGCAACGAUGCAAUGUCCGUCUCGUGUCAGAACUACGCUACCGGUUUGCAUAACUGCAUGAGCAGCUGCGGCAGUCUACAUCCCACUGGAGCGAGUGGCGAGUUUAUCGCUUGUGUAACCGCUAGCGACGGGUCAUGUCCUGCGGCGAUCUGCGAAGCGGCCUGCGGCUGCAUUGGUAAGGCGACCUGUGAGCAGCCCUGUAUGCAGCAUUGUACAGACAUCCGCGACCGCCUAUUGCAUACGCCGCAUAAAUUUAAGACUCGUGGCGAAGUGUACGCGUUUUUGAAUAACUGCGUCUUUGGGAAGAAGGCUUCGCUACUGCAGGCGGGAACGCAAGGAUGCGGGUUCUGAACAUCAUGGCUUUUUAUUUGUUGCAAGUGCUUAGUACCUGUACCGACAUUCUGAUGCUCCACCUCUAGGUUGUGCUUGUGCACCGACGAGGCCCAUUUAGUUUUUUCCUAGGCAGAAUUGAUUCCAGAAGCUGCUGGAUAAGAAGUAGUUGAAUGAUGCGCGAUGAAUAUUUUUCCGUUUCGAUUUCUUAUGUUAUGACACUUAUUCUCGGACUUUCGCCUGGUCGAAGAGCUGCUGGACCCACCUGCACCUGCGAAGGAAAAUGCGGCGCAUCGAAACGGC